AUGGCACUGGAGAGCAUCUACCAGUUCCACUUAGGAGAAAAAGAAUGCAUCCCUUCCACCUCCAGCGUGAUUGGAAGGAGUUGGGUUCCACUUAUUUGCCUAGUGAUGUUAUUCUUCACUGGAAUUGCAUCUCAGGAUUGCGAUGAAUCUCGACACAAGCUAGAAGAAACCAACCAAGCCAAUCUGGAAUUACUGACCAAAAAAAUGGGAUCAACUAUUCCUAUAGAAUGCAUGGACAAUGUAAUAAACUUUGCAUCUAAGCCCAAUGAAGAAAAUUUCAAGAGGCUCACUCAAUUGCAGGCAGAGAAUGCCACAGUGGCCAUACAAGAGAUCCUCCAAGAGAUUCUUCAUCUCUUCAGUGAUGACCAUGCCAAAAUGGCCUGGGAUGAGAACACCAUAGCUGCUUUUAAGGCAGGGAUGAACAGGGAAAUUGGGGACUUGCGCCCAUGUUUGGGUACAGGAGAUUACAUUGAUAUCAUCCCGAUAGUGAAAGCUUACUUCCAAAGGAUCAAGGAUGAACUGAAAGAUAAGGAUUACAGCAUCUGUACCUGGGAGAUUGCCCAGUUGGAAAUUAGGGAGUGUCUUCUAGCAAUUGCUCAACUCAUCAAAAGGAUGCACAGUGAAG